AACCUAAAAAGGAAACAAAAUAAACGAUUUUUUUCAAAAAGAAAAAAAAAACGCCAUUGUUAACUGCUGCAACUUCUUCAUUUCUUCACUAUCACUUUCAAGCUCUUCAGUUCUUUAUUUUCAAAUUCUUUGAAUUUUAGAAGAAAAAAAACAGUGAAAGAAAAUGUUUGAGCCGCAACAUUUGUUAGAUUUACAAGAAAAUUCAGGUUUUGGAACUUGGCUUUCAGGGGAUAACAGUAACUCGUCCCCGACUCAUCGUCGAGUUGAGUCCUCACUCGUUCAUUCAGCCCCUGGCGAUGUGGAUCGUGUCCUCUACAAGGAUCUCGUUGAGAUGAUCCCUCUUGUUCAGUCCCUCAUUGAGCGUAAAGCAAACAGUUCAUUUACAAGGCGUGGAUCGAUGAUAUAUACCAAGACACCUUCAAGGGAAUCCCUAUCUCGUAAAACUACGGAUGUAAAAGGAAGGAAUACAGGUUUGGCUAUUCCAGUGAAAAAGAAAAAGGAUCAAGUAGACAAGAAUGGUGAUAGUUUACCAAUCUUUUCCUCGAGGGAUUUGAUAACAGAAAAGGAAAAUGAGGAGUUAAUUGCACUGAGAGGACAAGUGGAGGAUCUGCAAAAAAAGUUGUUGGAGAAAGAGGACCUUCUAAAAUCUGUAGAGAUUUCAAAGAACCAUAUUAAUGAUGUUCAAGCAGAACUUGAGCAACUGAAUCGACAUGCUGCAGAAAAGGACUCUUUAAUCAAGUCCAUUCAGCUGCAUCUCUCUGAUGCUAAGAUUAAGCUAGCAGACAAGCAGGCGGCCUUAGAAAAGACACAAUGGGAAGCAAUGACAUCUAAACAAACGUUGGAGAAGCUGCAAAAUGAUAUAGACUCCAUGCAAGGAGAAUUUUCAUCAUUUAUGCUGUUAUUAAAUGGCUUGACAAAGAAAAAUCGCACUGCAUAUGCUGAAGAUUAUGAUGUAGCACCAUACCAUUCGGAGCAUUUCCCUCACCUAGAUGAUGUAGAUGACAAGGAGAUGCCGAAAAUGGAAGAAGCAAGGCAAGCUUAUGUCGCCGCUCUCGAUGCUGCCAAAGAGAAGCAAGACGAAGAAUCCCUUGCCGCUGCAGCCAGUGCAAGGCUACAUCUUCAAUCCUUUCUUUUCAAAUCCGAAGGUAAAAUCUCUAUGGAACAGCCUGAGUUCGGUAUCAGAUUUUCCGAAAACCCGUGUUGAAUCAUCUUAUGUUGCUUCAACUCUUUUUUUUUUCUUCUUUUUUUGAAAGAACGAACAUACAAAUAUUGAACACAUACUCGUAUUGGACAUUCUUGUCAAAACCAUCAAUUUCUAGUCUCUUAGAUUUUUCUUA